AGCUUAUGUUGUUCUGUCUCGUUUGAACUCGAUGUUACUAGUUCUUUAAUCUUUCCGCCUUUGGCUUCCUUUAGGACCUUUGGAAGAGGAUCAAGGUAAGAAAACAUGCACAUAUUUUCCCUUCUCCAAAAAAAAGAAAGUGUUUCACUGUCUGUUAGACCAGAACCUUCCAGCUAUUUUACCUUUUCUUGAUAAAUACGUGGACAAUUUCAAAGUAAGAUAAUUCUUCAGUCUUCAUUUACUAGUUUAAGUUGCGGCUGUCUAUUCGGUGGCCACAUUUCCGAAGGCAUCAUGAAAAAUCCUUAAAAAAAAACGCAUAUAUAACUAUAAGAGCUGAAAUAAACCUUUCAUAGUUUUAAGAGCUGGAAUUAUUGAAAAUAAUACAUUUCAUAAUUAGUUUCAUGCACACAAAUUGAAACUUGUGGCAGAUUCGAAAAUAUCAGUUCAUCUAUGAGGAUUGUGGAAACAUUUUGUUUACAAUCAAGAGCCUUGUAGAGAGGAUCUUGAUACAAUUGAAAAGAAAUGAUUUUAAGAAGGGGACCAGUUAAUUUGAAGUCGAUAACCAAAGAGCAUUAAAGCACAAAUUAACCCGGUAAAAUUAAUAUACAGUAUACGUACUUAUAAACGCCCUGUCCGCUCAGAUUAGUUACAACUGUCAGUAUAAUGAUGCAUCUACAAUUACGUGCGAGAAAAAAAAAACAUAAAAAUUACAACGAACUCGCACCCGUGUUUUAUUUUCUCACUGUUCCAAAACGAUUUGUUAUCAUUAAUUUUUUUUCCGCGAAUAAUCCAUACCUAUAGAAAUAAUCAAGAUCUAGAUGAUACUUAACACUGCUCAAGUUGUGUAACAACGUGUUAUUGAGUCGACGAAAACUGGGAAAGUUUUGAAAAACACCUUGAGUUUCGUUCUACAUUCCUUGAAAUUUCUCUACUAUCUCACAUCUAGAUUAAGGGAAGAUUAUUUUUAACAGAUUCUUCUCCGAUCCUAAUAACGAGAAUGUUAAGUAUUUGUCAAACAGAAUUAAUCUCCCUUCAUUUUUUCUUGGGAGCGAAACGCGCAAUCGUACGCAAAUCACCCUUUUGCGAGGCCUGCAGUUGAAGAAUUCCUCAGUAUUAUGAUACGAUUACAGUAGCGCCUAAUUUCCCGUGACUGAUCACGUUCUUGUGCAUCAGCUUAUUUCUUAUUUACGUUUUCAGAAAACAUUUUAGAGUAAUGGAAGAUUCUGACGUCACCUCCUUCCUGUCGUCUGUUUCCAAGACAGAAGUUGAUAAGAUUCUUAGGCGGAUCCAGGCCCACCCUAAUGUAGUGGCUUUGAUGUUGACAAAUCGUGAGGGACAAGCACUCAGAACAAAUAUGGACAUCACGACCACUAAAAACUACGCGUUGCUGUAUGGGAACCUCAUAGAAAUGGCCCAUUCCGCGGUGCGAGAAUUAGACCCGCAAAAUAAGCUCCAGUUUAUAAGGGUCCGGAAUAAACAACACGAAAUUAUUGUGGCCCCUACUGGAGAACUUACUCUUAUUGUGGUUCAACAGGUUGUAAUAGCAGUGUAA